UUUCUCGUUGUAUUCUCUUUGAUGAUGACAUGAAAACCGUGAGAAGGUGCCAGAGAUUCUGUGGCAAUGCUGCCAUCCAUUUUAGGAAAUUAACAGUUCUUGCCGAGUCCAAACCAGAUUUCUUAGAAUCGAAACAAGUUCUUCAUGCGGCUGCGGAUAAGGAUGCUACUCGUGUUUCAAAUCUGCACUAUCUUGUGCAGUUAUAUGCUAAAAUAAGAUCAUCCAUGGCUGGAAGGGCAUGCCAUGCUUAUGCUAUUCGUAUUGGAUUGGAAUUCGACGUUUUAACUUCAAAUAUGAUCAUUAACAUGUACUCCAAAUGUGGUUUAGUUGAUGAUGCUCGCCAAGUGUUCGAUGAAAUGCCGGUGAGAAGCUUGGUUUCGUGGAACACAAUUAUUGGAGCACUUACCCAGAAUGCAGAGAAUCAAGAACCUCUCUUGCUUUUUAUUCAAAUGCAAAGAGACGGAACCCCUUUCAAUGAGUUUACCAUUUCCAGUGUUGUAUGCGCAUGUGCCUUGAAUUGUGCCACUCUCGAAUGCAUGCAACUGCAUGCUUUUUCAAUUAAGGCUGCCAUAGAUUCAAAUUGUUUUGUUGGAACUGCUUUAGUUGAUGUCUAUGCCAAGUGCUCUUCAAUUGAAGACGCAAGCCGAGUGUUUGAGAGUAUGCCUGAAACUAAUGCUGUUACGUGGAGUUCAAUGUUAGCAGGAUAUGUUAAAAAUGGUUUAUUUGAGGAAGCCUUGCUGCUUUUUCGUAAUGCGCAGCUUAUCGGUUUUGAUAAGGACCCAUUUAUGGUUUCUUCUGCUAUCUGUGCUUGUGCAGGUAUGGCAACCUUGAUUGAAGGAAAACAAGUGCAUGCUAUCUCAUGGAAAUCUGGAUUUGGUUCAAACGUAUAUGUUGCCUCCUCCCUUAUAGACAUGUAUGCUAAAUGCGGCUGCAUAAGGGAAGCUUCCCUUGUGUUUCAAGGAGUGGAGCUGAGAAGUAAGGUUUUAUGGAAUGCCAUGAUUUCAGGGUUUGCUAAACAUGCUUGUGCACUAGAGGCCCGGAUCAUAUUCGAAAAAAUGCAGCAGAGAGGGUUACUUCCUGAUGAAGUUUCUUACGUAUCUGUAUUAAAUGCAUGUAGCCAUAUGGGUUUGUAUAAAGAAGGAGAGAAGUACUUUGAACUCAUGGUCAGAGAGCACAAUCUUUCGCCCAAUGCCCUUCACUAUUCGUGUAUGAUUGAUAUUCUUGGUCGUGCAGGAUUGGUUCACAACGCAUAUGACUUGAUUCAGAGAAUGCCAUUUGAAGCAACUGCUUCUAUGUGGGGUUCACUCUUAGCCUCAUGUAGAAAUUAUGGCGAUAUUGAGUUUGCUGAGAUUGCAGCCAAGCAUCUAUUUGAAAUGGAACCUAGCAAUGCCGGAAACCAUGUCUUGCUAGCAAACAUCUAUGCAACAAAUAAAAAGUGGGAGGAAGUUGCCAGAGCAAGGAAGCUUCUGAGAGAGAGUGAUCUUCGAAAGGAGAGGGGUUUGAGCUGGAUUGAAAUAAAGAACAAGGUUCAUUCAUUCACCGUUGGUGAAAGAAACCAUCCACAAAUGAAUAUGAUUUAUGAUUAUUUGGAUAAUUUGGUAGAGGAGUUAAAGAAGCUAAAUUACAAGGUUGAUACCAACCAUGAUCUGCAUGAUGUAGAUGAGAACAGGAAACAGACGCUUUUGAAGCAUCACAGUGAGAAACUUGCUGUUUCCUAUGGAUUGAUGUCUUUACCUAGUGAUAUAGAUAUACCAAUAAGGAUUAUGAAAAACCUAAGAAUUUGUGGCGAUUGCCACAAUUUUAUGAAACUUGUGUCUAAGUGUACUAGUAGGGAGAUCAUUGUUCGAGAUACAAACCGCUUUCACCACUUUAAAGAUGGCUGCUGUUCUUGUGGGGAGUUUUGGUGAACUUCUUCACUCAUGAGGAACCAGAACCAGUGUGUAGAAUCCAAGCACUUUCACCAGUACCAUGUUAUGGGUUCUCUAACUGCCUCAGAAGCUGAAGAGAUUGUGCAAAAUGAAGGAAACCUAGCUAUGGGGUUCUGCUGCAUUGCAUCGUCUUGUUAGUGAUGCUGAAGAGAUGGAGAAAAAGGGAACUUGUUGCGACGAAAGAAGAAAGCAGGAGAGCGACGACUGCAAAUUGCAUUCUGAAAAUUUAAGAAUUCGGUGGGUACAUUUGCAAAAUCAUAAAUUCACGGGAUAAAAUGUGUAGCGUAAAAUUUUGGCUAAUUUUUUUUAUACGAGGUUGACAUAGCUAUGGAGUAUUGGGGAGAUAUACACGGUUAUCGUCUUAUUUGUGUGGAGUAGAAUUCCGUAGAUACUGAAAUCGGAUUUAGGGUUUUCUCUCCGUACACAAAUCGGAUUCAGGGUUUUCUGCCAAUACACAAAUCGGACCCAGAGUUUUCAGUACCUCCAAUCCAACGUUCCGAUUUGUCUUGCGCAAUCUUCAUACCCUGG